GUGUUUUUCUGUUCCUGGUCUACAGCUACCUGCUGUUAACUGUCCUGCAACUACGGUACGACAAUGGCAGACCCUACAGUGGCUUGAUCUUCCUCACGGGGUCAAGGAACACGAUGAAGAUCAGAAAAUACAUCUUCUACAUCUACCGGGUUUUGCCUUUGGUCGACCAAUUACGCAUCCUUAUCGAUUGGACGGUCACAGCGACUGCGCUCGAGCUCUAUUGGUACUUCAAGUUGGAGGAUGCGCAAGUGCAGCUGUUCUUAAGGCUUUCCUGUGAUGCUGUGGUCCAUCGCAAUUGCGAAGUCAUUCUUCAUUCCCCUUCCUUAACAGCAAGUAGCAAUAGGUUUUUUAGGGACAUUCAUCGAGUUACUAGAGAUUCAUUGAUCAUUAGUUAUCGCGCGGUCUGGCUAUCAUACCACUGGCUAUGUUCUAAUCUCUUGCGUAGACUACGAUUUUCAAGCCAGAAAAGGCUUACGGCCAGGAGCACGGCGACCAAAGAUGGAGAAGUGUUGUCAGGGAGUCUGGAUUAUCGCAGGAUUGAUAGCAUUGAUCCUCUUACCGAUCCUUUUCUUCAGCAGUGUAAAUCCAAUUCGUACAGCAAGUCAUGUCCUCGAAGCCCAGACGCUUUUGACUUUGCACGUGACCGACGGUGCUGGCGAAAGUUUGCGAAUUCCACUGUUUCGAUCCGAAGAUUUGCAGCCACUAACAAUGAACCGGGCAACAGCAAACAAAGGAAGUCGAAGUGGGACAAGAGGAAGUAGAAGUGGGAAUGCGUGGCCGGCAGAGCAGAGUGGAACUAGUGACCUGUCCUUUUUUGAAGCGUUUUUGCAUCAUUAUUAUCAGGGAGCCACGAAGGCGGACGAGAACAGGAGUGAUGUCAUCGACGCAGGCGGUGAGAAGCACAGCGUGGACGCGACUGCCAGAGAAGGAACCCCUGCGGCUGCAACAGGUGCACGCGACGCAGAAGUGGAAGUUACCGAACCUUCUAAUGACAAGCCUACUGGUCAGGCUCAACGACGUAGGUUAACAGGCACUUUCUUCAACUCCGCAGUUGAUCUUCAUGAAAAAGAACACCUGCUGCAUACAACCGGAAGAAAACGACGUUUUUUGAGCUCUACCAAACACGCUGGAGACAAAAGCGAGCAGUCUGACCCAGCACAACGACUUCUGAUGACAGACCCUUUAUUCCGAGUCUCCGGUGAGCGUCUAUCAAGUGCUGCUGUGUUGAACGAGGUGAAAUUCCCAAAAUUUUCGAACGUAGGACUCUGGGGCAGCGUUACGGGGGAUCAAUUGCUAGAAGCGAUAUCCAUCAUCGAGGAAAACCUUGCUUUGAUGUCCAAAUGGAAGGAGUGCCAAGAUUUGUAUGUGCAGUACGUGAAAUUGUCGCGGAUGCAGCAGGGUUCUUCUAGUGCUUCGGAAGAUCUUCAUGGACGUCAACAUUUGCAAGUAGACCAUGUGGAUCAAGAAGCACAAGAAGAGGAGCCACGACCUCUGAUGAAAGACAACUUGCUGCAAGAAGCUACAUCUACCUCACCGCCUUCUCCGUCACGCACUUUGCAGGAAACGCGCAGAGCUUUUGGUCGAGCCUAUCGCGAAGUUAUUGACCUGGUUGCGGAACGAAGACAGCGAGGGGGUGGUACAAAAUCUCAUGAAGACAUUAUCCUGGUCUUAGCGAAGUCGAAACAAGGUUCGAGCUCGCAGAGGACUUCUUCAACAACAACUACUUCUACUCGUACUCCCUCUCCAUCUGCCGUACGAGAACGCCUUUCAGUCUCCAGAUUACCACAGUUGUACAUAGAAAUGCGAUACGAUAUCAAGCGCAGCCUUGGACCUUCGCAAACUGGCUUGCUGCAACACAAGUUGCCUUUCUCGUAUCGAAGUAGUUAAGGUCGAACUUCGAUUUGGUUGAUGUUAAUUAUAUUUCUUUUUUUGGCCACCCCUUUGUACUACUACAUUAGAAUGAGUUGUACAACCAGCGUCCUCUCAAAUAGAAGUGAGUACCGGCAUCCUACGUUGUACUUACCAAUUGUUCUAAGGGAGAGACCUUGUUUCGCUGGGAGAACUUGUAUCGACGGAACUAGACCUAGAGGAGCGUUUGGCGUUUGUACCUGCUGUUAGCUCCCCUGCUGUGAUAUCAUCUCUAGAGCAAGACAUUAGCCCCAGCAGUGCUGAUGUUCCUGCGUCUGUACCUGCCGACGUUUCAUCAGCAGAGAACGAAGGAGGACACGGACAAGCACGUGUUUAUGAGACAGAACAAGACGCAGUUGAUGAGCAAGGGGUCCUCGUGUCUGUAUUGCAGAAGGAAGGACGAAAUGGAGGUGGCAAAGAACAACAGAAAGAAGGAGGCCAUCAUCACCUAGAAGAAGGAGGAGUCCACACUGGCGAAAGAAAUGGUCAGAACACCAGAGUAGAAGUGAUGCAUCUAGAAUCUUCCUUUGUACUAGGUCCAGAAUCAGACAACGCCCAGAUGGAAAACCCCAAAGCCAUAUUGGAGUUUUUAGAGGCAAUGCGUAGGAUGAUGUUGCAAAAAUCCCCUGAAUCUGAUGUUCAACCAGCACAGGACGAUCUCCAGAGAACGAGGACGAGUAGACCCGCACCUCAUGAUCUUGUACCUCAACCAAAGGACGAGGCAGCAUCUGACAAUGGGAAAGUCUCGAUAUCCAAUUCCAAAACACCAGAAAAUCAAGAACCGCCGACAAGUGCACCUCCUAGCACUCCCAGCAGUAGCACAUCUUCAGCGGAAGUAUUGUUGACGCAUAAUUACACACCGUGUAUGAGGAUUCGUGCUAAUGUGUUGGAAAUGUUCGGCCCUUCUGGUGGUAGCACCGCUUGUGCGCCGAAAAGCAUGCGCGUUCGACUACACGGCGACUCUGUAGAGCUCGUGACAGUACGUUCAUCCAAAGAAAAAACAACGCAUUAUGGUUCGCGUCGUAUAUCUCCGGGAGCUCCAGUAACGAAGACGUCUCAACACGGCUCCAGUCCGAGCACUUCUCUACGCGUCGGGGAUAGAGUGGGUUAUCUGCCCUACGUCGUAGAUGUCGCGGCGCGAGCCGAAAGCGCGUUUAGGUUGAAGCGAGUGGCUAUCGUCGUUCGUAUAGACCCGGAGUGGAAUCAAGUGCUCCUGCGCUUUCCCCCUGAUCAGCAAGUGCCUCGUUUGGGGCAUUUUGUCGAUGCGAACCCUGUGUUACUCUGGGAAGACCCGAAGAAGUUGAGAAUAGUGGAAGACGAACCACUUCGCUUCUUCGUGCUGUCAGAUCCGUUGAACUUUCACGAAGGGUCGGCACAUGCCAGUAAGUUAAGGAGUCGAAUACUUAUUUCAUCGAGGUCUUGGAGUUGGAUUUAUAUUAAAGUCACAACUACUACUUGUUAUUGCUUUUUUUAGGCGUAACACUCACGUGUUCAUCGUGUGAGCUUCUACGGCGAGGAAGUGUCAACAUUUUCCGAGAGCGGAUUUGCGCCAUUCUCGCCAUUUUCAACAUCGAGGUCUUGGAUAUAUGAAGUCACAAGCGAAGAAUCUUUGUUUUCCUCUAACGAGAAGCACCAGUUUCAUCGGAUUGUAUACUUUGCUGGUCUACGGAAUGGGGAAAAUGAUACGUGCGAGCUGCUCACGGCUAACACAUACCAUCAUGUUCCUGGAGAUGCCGGAUGUGAGCAUCUUGCAGGACCUCAUCAACGGGGUUUUCAUUUAUGGUGAAGGACUAUUAACGGCUAAGUAGAAUUGUAGCUCAUCAACAGGAACAACAGGAACAGGCAAGAAACCAAUAACAACCCAACAACAAGCUAGACUAGCGGGUACGUAGAACUCGUCUGGGAAAUCUUAGGCAGCUCGCCGAAUCGAUUCAAAUCGUCAGGCUUGAGCGCUGUAGUCCCAAUAUCCUCCUGUUGCGAACUGCAACACUGACAGGAAAAUGCAGCACCCACAGUUUUCAGUGGGUGUUAGGGUAGGGAUGCGCAUGACUUUGACCAUUUGAAUCUUCCUUGGCAUUUUGUGAAUUCCAAAAGUCAUCAUCAUGUGAUCAGAAUCUUCUAAUUCCCCGCCCGCUCAAUGAAGGACUUCAAAACAGAAUACGUUUUGUACCACAGACUGGUAUCUUUCUUCCGAAAUCCACAUGCUCUCUUGCGCAUUAGUGGCGCCGACCAAGGACGAUUGCAAGAUAUGGAGUCGUAGGUGGGAGUUGAGGGGAAGUAUUCAAAAGCACGUUCCGUGAUGGAUAUCGCGUGAAAUAGAAAUGAUUUUCAAAUAGUGACUAUGCUGAUUCCAAGUUCAAAAAGAAUGUUGAUGUCCAUUUCAAAUAAAAGAACACACCCUUCUACUAACACUCAAAAUACGUUAACAUUUCGCCGCAAAAAUGACUUUUGACUACCGUUUUAUCUCACUACAUAGUACGAUUUAAUACCACUCAAGACAAGACUAAAGUCUAAAGACUGUUCAGUUACUGGUUAGAUAAGUGUCCGCAAAAGUAGUCCAUUGAGUUCGAGUUGUACUUGUAGACGACUGACUUUCUGCAGUAUGGAUUCCGGUGUUACAACUGUGGGAGCCGAAGCUGUCGUGUUCUUGGUGGUGUCCGCGUCCAGUUUAGAUGACGAACGAUUUACUCGGUUCUGCGAAG